UUUAUUUGUGUGUUAUCAAUUUGAACUAUUUUGCUGACCGCGUCUGUUACCAGCUGCAAUUGAAAGACACGCCACCCCGUUCCCGGCGAAUGCAAAUGCAAACAAUGGCCAAGGCUGCGACGGAAGAACAAGUCACGUGCUGCCCGCUCCCGAGUCCGAGUGUCCGUAUGUCGUAUCCCAUAUUCCUGGCGUAGUCGUGUUCCUGGAUUCCCCGUUUCGCCGUACUCCUAAUAAGCGGCAAAUAAUUGGCAGACGAACUUGAGACUACCCCAAUGGCAUGGGGAUACGGAUUGCCAGUGGCAACUGCAAUUGCCACUAAAAAUCGAUACCAACCACCACCACACACAGCCACCCUGCAGGUUGUCGAUCCUGGCUGGAAUGUUUGUUUGUCUGUCGCCUUGUCUCCCCUUUCUGGCCACCAGCUUUCCAGUCGCCAGGGGAAAAGCAGAGAGAGAGCGAUUCGCUCUCAAUUGCAUUUUCACUGCAUUGCCUUAAAGUACAGCAUCCACCUCAAGAGCCCUCGCAAUCCGCUCCUGGAAUCCGUAAUGACAACAGUACACGAUCAUUACGGCCUUAGUAGUUGCAUUCUGUCGCCCUGCUCAAUGAACCAUUCCGCUGGCUGCAGUGGGCCCGACUUGGACAGCAACAGAAAAACAGCAACAAUUAAUAUGGCCAGCGAUGCGAAUCUAAUAAUGUGACUACAAUGACGACAAUAGACCCGCUCCCUGGCUCCCCGGCUCCUUAGAUCUCGGUGUUAUGUAAGCCGGGCUGGGCAGCUGCAAAGUGUGAUAUGUGGCCGGUUCUAACGAUACAUCAUUCUGAUAUAUAUGCCCCGAGGUGUGGACUGUAUAUCCAUAUAUCUGUAUAGCGACUACUUUUAGGUGCGUCAUAAAUUAACACUAGCUCUCGGCCCGUUUGGGCCAUUCGAGGAUAGUGGCCCAGUGGGCGGUAGCUGGGCUCAUAAAUACGGCACAGGGAAAACAAUUAAGCAUUGCAUGUCGGUCGUGUCCAGAGCCGCUGCAUCGAGAUCCAUGGAACACGGUCACCGGUGGUGGUCAAGGUGCGUGAGAUGGCCGUUGGCUGAUAACCAGCUGCGGAAUUGGCAGUGGCUACAAAUGAGCGAUCGUUUAUCUAAAUGGGCCAACAUGAUCGCACAAAUGGUUUGCUCUCAUUGGGGAGGGUGCACUUAAUGGCAGCGAUUGGUAGUGGUUUUAUGGCUCUUAAAGUAAUUGUAUCUGAUGAUUUCGCUAUUGCCAGAACAUCGGGCCAUAAACACUGUUUGGUGUUUUCAAUGAUUUUAUUAGCUUUAAAUUGCAUGAGAUGAUUUGGUAACCAAU